ACGCCUCGUUUCCACAUACGUAUGUUUUUCGUAUCCGUACUUCCGUAAAUUUACGGAAGGGGUCGCUAGUGCUUUACGUACGGACAUGAAUUUAUUUACGGACGGAACGAUGGGGGAACGCAUAAUGGCCGUUUUUCGGAGACCGGUACUGUGGAAUAUGAGGAUCGACAUCUACCGCGAUAAGAACAAAACCAACCAGGCUUGGAAGGAGAUUGGUGAAGAGUUUGGCCUGCCAGAAAAAGACUGUAAAAAAAGGUGGCGCGACCUGAGGGAUCGAUAUGUGAGGGAGAGGAGGGAGGCAUCAGAAACCACAGCCAGUGGCAGCGCUGCCAGCAACAGGAGGCCCUGGUGCCAUGCUGGACUGAUGGCCUUUAUAGACCCCUUCGUGGCAUCCAGGAUGACGACCAGCAACAUGCCAGAGAGUUGUGGGAAUGGUGUGGAUGAGAGUGUGAAUGAGAGUGAGAUUGAGAGUGUGCAUGAGAGUGAACGGGAGGCCUUCUUGGCAGCUACCAACUCCAGCAUGGAAGAUUUUGUGAAUGUGAAUGUGACUGAGAAUGUGAUGAAUGAGACUGUGGCGAAUGAGAGUGUGGAGAAUGAGAGUGUGGAGAAUGAGAGUGUGGUGAAUGAGAGUGUGGUGAAUGAGAGAGUGAAUGUGCAAGUGAAUGCAGGUCGGGCUGCAGGUUCUGCUGUUGCUCCGGGCAGGAAGAGGAGGACUGGAAGGGCAGAGGCACCCAUGCCAGCCUUUGAGCGUAACCUGAUGCUCGCCCUGGAGAGAACAGCUGGUCCCAGUGUCCCUACUAUUCCGGUCGUGGAUGAGGACCACCAUUUCUUGCUCAGCCUCCUGCCAUCACUGCGGCGGCUGGAGCUUAGCAAGAAGGCAUUCUUGAAGCUACAGAUACAUCGCCUGAUGUAUGAGGCAGAGUUUCAAUGUAAGUGGGCAAUGGUUACAAUAUACCUGUUAAUUGUUAUUGCAAAUAUUUCCCUGACUUGAUCGACCUGUCGCUAUAACCUGGCUGUUCUGUCUUUUUGUCAUUUGGCUUUUUCAGAACAAACUCCUGUGACCUGGUGACUCCUGUUCUUUUAAUUUAAAAUGUUACAGUUCUAUUUUUUUAAAUUAAAUAAAAUCACUUGAUUGUUUAUAAAAAAAGAUUGUUUAUGAUUUGGUUCUUUUCACUUUAAAGCAAAUAAGAUAAUGUUACAAGUACUCAUAGAGCAAAUUAUCUGACAAGAUUAUAUGACAAACCACAAAUAAUUUACUUUAUCAGCCUGAAAAAAAUAUCCUAUCAUAACCUAUGCAAAUAUUUAUUCAUAACACAGUAAAGAUGCGUGUUCAGAAAAGUAUACUGUACAAAUUCAUAUGGGUUUAAGGGACGGGAAGUUUGCUCUUUAUUGAUGUGAGUGGCCCUGAAAAGGGCCUUUUUUUAUGAAGAUGAUGGUAUCAAACUACAUUAUUCUGCCAUGAAACCUCGCCAGCAGCGCUGUUGAAGUAGGUCAUGAACCUCUCCCUCUCCUGCAUCACUUCCUUGGUGGAGUUGUUGGUUCCAAGACGCCUGCCUCCUUCCAAGGGGACUGCUUCGUCACUUGAUGGACGUGUGGCCUCUGUUGACCUCAGCAGGUUGUGGAGGAUGCAGGUUGCCUUUACACAGGCUUCCACAUGCUCAGGAUUUUGCCCCAUCACUCGGUAGUACAUGCGGAACCUGGAUGCAAGGAUCCCAAAGGCACACUCGACCA